CCCCCUGCAGGCCCUCUACCUGGAAGUGGUUCCUGUCAUCGGCAUCAACCAGGAGGUGAACCUCACGGCUGUGCUGCUGCCCCUGAACCCCAACCUCACCGUCUUCUACUGGUGGAUCGGCCACAGCCUGCAGCCCCGCCUGUCCCUGGAGAACUCUGUGACGACGCGGUUUGGGGACCGGGGGACGUAUCAAUUUCAGGUCGUGCCUCUGCAGUUUUCCAAGGACCUGGAUGCUCACAACCCCAACACCCCCGAGUGGAGGGAAGACGUCGGCCUCGUGGUGUCCCGGCUCCUCUCCAAGGAGACCAGCAUCCCUGAGGAGCUGAUGGUGACGGUGGUGAAGCCGGGGCUGCCCACCUUGGCCGACUUGCACGUGCUCCUGCCCCUCCCAGGCCUACGAGGAAGAGAAGCCUCACCAGUGACAAG